AUGGAUAGAGAAAAUCAAUCUGUAGUGUCAGAAUUUGUGCUUUUGGGACUCUGCCACUCAUGGAAUACACAGGUAUUACUAUUCAUGGUAUUUUUUAUGCUUUACCUCAUCGUUGUAUCUGGAAAUAUCGUCAUUGUGAUCUUAAUCAUCACUGAUCCUCAUCUCCAUUCCCCCAUGUACUUCUUGUUGGCCAAUCUGUCCUUUGUUGAUAUGUGGCUUUCCUCAGUCACCACUCCUAAGAUGAUCACAGACUUUCUCAGGGAGAACAGCACCAUCUCCUUUGUAGGUUGCAUGUGUCAGAUCCUUUCUGUGCAUUUUGUAGGAGGGUGCGAGAUGGUGCUGCUCGUGGUAAUGGCCUAUGACCGUUAUGUGGCCAUCUGCAAACCACUCCACUACUCAAGCGUUAUGAGCCUGCAAAGAUGUCUUGGACUAGUGGUGACUUCCUGGGCCAUUGGCUUUGUGCAUGCCAUGAGUCAAAUGGUUGUGAUUGUGCAGCUGCCUUUCUGUGGCCCCAGAGAAGUAGACAGCUUCUUCUGUGAUAUACCACUGGUCAUCAAGCUUGCCUGCAUGGAUUCCUAUAAUUUGGAAAUACUUAUGAAUAGUGACAGUGGGGUUCUGGCCAUGACCUGCUUUAUUCUGUUGCUGAUAUCCUACACAUAUAUUCUUCGCACUGUCCACCGAAGCUCUAAAACUGGAGCAUCUAAGGCGCUCUCCACCUGCACUGCCCACAUCACAGUAGUGGUGCUCUUCUUUGGGCCAUGCAUCUUCAUCUAUGUGUGGCCAGUCACCAUCACCUGGGUGGACAAGUUUCUUGCAGUGUUUUACUCAGUCAUUACACCUCUCCUAAAUCCAGCUAUUUAUACCCUGAGAAAUCAAGAGAUGAAAAACACUAUGAAGAGAUUCAGAAGUUAUUACAUGGAUUCCAAGGUUAAUACUUAA